GCGGCCGGCCGACGCAGCCAGCCGCAUUGCCCGAUUCAGUAGUGGUUUGCGCUCCGGCCCGUCACCGUCCAUCGAGUAUCAAGUUCGCCGCCGUCCACUCGACACUCGCCACCAUGCCGAACUGCCCCAAGUGCGACAAGCCCGUGUACUUCGCGGAGCGCAAGACUUCGCUGGGCAAGGACUGGCACGGCGCGUGCCUGCGCUGCGAGAAGUGCAACAAGACCUUGACGCCGGGCAGCCACGCCGAGCACGAGGGCAAGCCCUACUGCAACCAGCCCUGCUACUCCGCCCUCUUCGGCCCGCAAGGUUUCGGCCGCGGCGGCGCGGAGAGCUACGUGUACAAGAAGUGAGACCUACCGCCGCCCUGCCGCCACCCCUGUAUUAAUGAUGUCUUGAUGUAUAGUCGCUGGCAUGGCCCGCGCGACCUUUUUGUUUAAUAAACCUGUUGCACCUUGA